AGGUUUUUGUCCAUCACUAGAGUGCAUUGGACAUUGAAGAAAAGAAAAAAAUGUGGAAAGUUUUAUUUAUUAUAGCGCUAGCAAUUUAUAAUUGCAAUGCUGUGCUUGAAACAGAUGCCAACACUCUGGUCCUUCUUGAUAAUCUGGCAAUAAGGGAGACUCACUCCAUAUUCUUUAAAUCACUUCAAGAUCGCGGUUUCAAGCUGACUUACAAAUUGGCCGAUGAUUCGAGUUUACUACUCUCUCGUUAUGGUGAAUAUUUGUACAAAAAUGUAAUAAUAUUUGCGCCUAGUGUGGAAGAAUUCGGCGGAGAUAUCAGCGUUGAACGCUUAGCCCAAUUUGUCGAUGACGGAGGCAAUGUAUUGGUAGCCGGUAGUGAGAAAUCUGGUGAUGCUUUGCGGGAAUUUGCCUCUGAAUGUGGUUUUGAGCUGGACGAAGAGAACGCGGCCGUAAUUGAUCACCUACAUUAUGAUCACAACGAUGAAGGCGACCAUACAACCAUUUUGACAUCAGCCCGUAAUUUGAUUGACUCCGAUGUCAUAGUUGGGAAGGGGAAUCGACAGAAGGAUGCUGCACCUUUGAUAUACAGAGGCACGGGCUUGAUAGCCGACAAAGAGAAUCCCCUUGUACUGAAGCUGCUGACAGCGGAGAGCACCGCCUACAGUUACAACCCAGAAGCCUCCAGUGUCAGUGAUUACCCUCAUGCUGUGGGUCGCGGUACCCUGCUUAUUGCUGCACUUCAGGCACGCAAUAAUGCUCGUGUUGUAUUUUCUGGUUCGCUGCACUUUUUCUCGGACGCAACGUUUACUACAGCUGUGCAAUAUGCCCAGAGUGGUGUCUUUCAUAAGCAAACUGGCAAUCGAGCUGUAUCCGAAUCUAUAAGCCAGUGGGUCUUCGGUGAGAGCGGGCGCUUGCGUGUGGCCUCUGUUAAUCAUCAUAAAGCGGGAGAAUUGUUGCCACCAGAGCAGGCUUACACUAUCACAGAUCCUGUUGUCUACACCAUUGCCAUCGAAGAGUUGGUCGAGGGCAAGUGGCAAGCAUUCAAGGCCAGCGAUAUUCAACUCGAAUUCGUGCGUAUCGAUCCUUUCGUACGGACGUUCCUUAAGCAAACCUCCACGGGAAGUUAUGAGGCCAAAUUUAAAAUUCCGGAUGUAUAUGGCGUCUAUCAGUUCAAAGUGGAUUACGAUCGCAUUGGUUACACUCAUCUAUAUAGCACCACUCAGGUGUCGGUACGUCCAUUAGAGCACACACAGUAUGAACGAUUCAUACCAAGCGCUUUCCCAUACUACACCAGUGCAUUUUCCAUGAUGAUUGGGGUAUUUGUGUUUUCCUUUGUAUUUUUGCAUUUCAAAGAGGAAACCACUGUAGGAAAGUCCGCAAAAGAAGACAAGAAGUCACAGUAAAGAAAUUAUUAAAAAAAAAAAAAAAAAUUGCAUAUAAAUAAAGUAAACAAAAUUCUGUAACAAGAGUUUAUAUCCUAAUUGUAA